AUGGGCUGGACCAGUGAAACUGAUAUAAGGAAACUCUAUUUUCUAGCAAAGGCGCUAGUGGCCGAGCUCAAGAAUAAGCUGCACAAGGCUAAAAGCGUCAUGACUGUGAAAAACACUGUCUCACCCCUGCCAAGGCCUGCCACGCAGAAGGACGAGAUCCAAAAUUAUCCCGAUGCUGUGGAACAGGCCAAGAAAACUCAUGGGAUGGAGGAUGCGGAGGAUGCAGAAGAUGCAGAGGAAGCGCCGUCUCCAAGGCAGGACUAUGGUUGGACUUACAAAAAGCACAAGCAGGGGGACAGCCCAUAUCUGAAUAAAAGUAAUCAGCUUUUCUACAAGACAUUUGGCAAUGUGAAUCCAGAGGAAGAGCCCACACCAAUAGAAAGUAAAGCAGAGCAGAGACUAAAGACAAAACAGCAUUUUUUCUAUAACCUGUUGGUUAACAACAGCCCCCCCGCUGCAAGCAGCAUGCUAGAGGACACGGCUGAAGAAGAGGGUUCCUCUCUAGGUGGCCAUUUACCAGCCGUCCCUCAAACCGCAGAAACACACUGGAAGCAACAACAGGAAGGAUCCAGUUUCCCCAAUAAACCAGGUAGCUCCGACAGCCCAGACGGCGCGCCGGUUCAAGGAGACCUCUUUGAAACCAAGGUCAAUCGUCACCUACGCUUGCUCGUCCCAGACGAAGCCCUGCGGACAUUCAUCGCCCACGUGGCGCGAGCCCUGAGGGUGGACUGCAGCCUGCCUGAACUCCAGGUGGCUUGUGCAAAGAUGGUCUCGAAGACGGGGCUGCUCAUAAAGCUGCUCAGCGAGAGGCAAGAUGACCAAGGAGCCUCUGCUCUCGCGGGACAGUGUCUCCAAGAAGGGAACGUUUCUGAUGCCCCGGCCAGGGAGGCGGGCAGGAAACCCGCAGGGAAGUGGAAACCAGAGUACACCUCCGGCGGCAGGCUCCUGUUAGCGAUAUCAGUGUCUGUCAUCAUCAUGAUUAAUCUCACGGUGAUUUGUCUCGUCGAGGUUUGCUCCCAAAAACCUGCAGCCGCUUCCCAACCCCAAAGCACCGGUAAAUCACGCCCGAGAUGGUUCUUUCAAAAACUGUUGGCACGGGGACGGAGCAAGAACAAGUACGAUGUUAAAGAGCAGGGCUCGCGUCUAUCGGAUCUGAGCAAAACCAAACCGCAGUGGCUUAGAGACCUGUACCAGCCCCUCGAUUCCCAGCAUAAAAAAUCCAUGGCCGAGCUGUACGAUGAAGAGACCUCGGACGAGGAGGAGAUUUUCAACAAGUCCCAGCUGAAGUAA